GUGUCAGUACAAUUGACAGUUAUUGAACGUCUGUCAGCUGUUCACCAUCAUGUGUUGAUUGUUGUUAUUGUACAUCUGAUUUAUUUUCAAAAUUUCAUAUCAUAAGUGGAAAUAUAUGGCUCUAAAUGAAUGAAGACAAAUCCUGUAUCGAUUCACAACUGUUACCAUUGUGGUUACUAACAAAAUGUGGUUGUUUUUGGACGAUACAAAGAAUUCCAUAUACGAUUUUUUAGUUUGGCAUUAGAUAAAAGAUGCGCGAUGAUGAUUCAAUGUGAUUUAACUGCAAUUCUAUGUAGGGAUAAAUAUGAUUGUAUGGAUUGCUUUGCUGUACUUUGGAUAUCAUGUAGACGUCUGUGCAGCUUUGCCAGUUGAAUCUGGAAAGAUACAGGCUAACGUUGAAUACAUCGACAUAGACUACUCGCUAUGGCUGACGUGGCUUUUGACACCACUGGUGAUAACCAUUCUACUGCCUAUCGUUAUCGGAAUUCUUAUUUACCUGUCGGCACUAAUUUUGUACAUAUACAAACUUCAUUGGCAUACGUUAAAGAGGACGAUAGAUGCACGGGAUAUGUGGGGAACAGGAGUCAAAAUUGUUUCGGCAAUUUGGGAUGCUCACGGCUGGAUAUGGCACGGAUACGAAAUCGAUGGCAUCGAAAAUAUCCCAACCGAUAGUCCAGCUUUAAUAGUUUAUUAUCACGGCUCCAUUCCUGUAGAUAUGUAUUAUUUUAUAGCGAAAGUCUAUUUAACUAGAAACAGACUGAUACACACGGUGGCUGAUAACUUUCUGUUCAAAAUACCUGGUUUUUCUAUUAUAGCCGACGCAUUGAACGUAAUUCCUGGCACGAGAUUGAUAUGCGCGAAUAUUUUGAAGGAAGGUAAUUUAUUGGGGAUUGCACCUGGAGGCGUCUAUGAAGCCCAGUUUGGAUCGAGCAGUACCUACAACCUUCUAUGGAAGAAGCGGUUGGGUUUUGCGAAAGUCGCAUUGGAUGCCAAAUCGCCGAUUAUACCUAUGUUCACCGAAAAUAUAAGAGAAGCUUUCCGGGCUGGACUGUGCGGUUCCUUCGGAAGGAAGAUCUUCCUCAGGCUGUACGCCUGGACUAAAUUUCCGUUGGCUUGGAAUUACGGCGGAUUUCCGGUGAAGUUGACGACGCACGUCGGCAAACCCAUUCCUUACGAUCCUAAUUUAACACCUGAGGAAUUACAAGCCAAAAUCGCAAACGCUAUUCGAGAUUUAGUGCAAACUCAUCAAAGAUUGCCAGGCAGUAUUUUAUGCGGGUUGUUAGAUCGCAUUCCAUAUUUCAGGAGAAAAUACAAGGAUGACAAAAGUUCAAAGCGAUGCAGAACGUGUUGACAUGUACUUAAAACUAGACACAUCGAAUUGCAUUAAUUAUACUGUAUGCAUUUUAACAAGCAAUCUUUACUUUAGCAAUUUUAUGUAUAUAGCCUUAUAUUAAGUAUUUUUAGAAAAUUUUUUUUCUACAAACUUUACGUAUUACCAAAUGGCUUACAUAA